CAAUUGUCGGGCUUGUUUUGUUGACGGACCAGUUGUAAGAUAAUGUGGUCUUUGCUCUUGGCAAUAGACAUCAGAGUUUCAUCUUAAAAAAAAACAUCUCACAACAAAUUACGAAAUGGCAAAUAUGGCGUCGCGGAGUUACAGUGUUUGUGUUCUUUGCCGGAGGUCGGGGUUUGUGAGGAUGUUGAUGAGGGGAAUGAGCACAUCAGCUCAACCCCAGCCUCAGAUAGAUUUCCUCAAAGGAGUUCCACACAAGAGGCAUCCAGGUGUGACCAACCUGAAAACUCUGCGCCUGCCUGAGGAACUUCAGGCUGCAGCGCAAAUAAUUAUUCAGGACUCUAAGGAGAGACAGUUGCCGGAACGUGCCCAGAAGCUCAGCCAAUACCUGUGGAGCAGAAAACGAGCUGUGGAGGACUCAGCUCUGAGAAAAAAGGCUGUGAGUCUGGAGAGGGAAUAUUGGAACGAAGCCAUGGAGAAGAUCACCGGAGAAUUUGACGAGGAGGCGCUGGAUAACAAAAUCAGGAGAAAAGUGUUGACGGAGCUCAAAAAAACAACAUAUCACUGGACUCCUAUGAAGUACGAUGAAGAGGUCGCGGUCGUGUACAUGGCAGCUCGCUUGGCCGGAGGCUACGCUGCCGUGAGGAGAGCCCUGAACGAGAUCAAGAAGAGAGAUCCAGCUUUUGCUCCUCACUCUCUUCUGGAUUUUGGUUCUGGACUGGGAACAGUCGUCUGGGCGGCUCACUCUCACUGGGCGGAGUCUCUGAAGGAGAUGAUCUGUGUGGACAGCUCUGGACCAAUGAACAUUCUGGCAGAACGACUUCUGAGAGGUGAUGAUGAAAAAGCUCAGCCUCACAUCAAACAUGUUUAUUUCAGACACUUUCUUCCUGUCUCCCCAAAGGUGCAGUUCGACCUGGUGGUGUCAGCGUUCACUCUGUCAGAGCUACAGAGUGUGAAGGAUCGAGAAGAGGCCGUGUUCACUCUGUGGAGGAAGACCAGCUCUUACCUGGUGCUGAUAGAAAACGGGACCAUGGAAGGACAUCAGAUCCUCAUGGAAGCCAGAGACUCUUUGUUAACGAAACAGGAGAAAAUGGUCCACGAUCCCAGACCAGCCUCAGUCUUCGCUCCUUGUCCUCAUGAACGCACUUGUCCUAAACUGACUGGACACAGGGUUCUCCCCUGUAACUUCGUGCAGCUCUACCAGCCUGUGUCUCUGCCCAGGUUCCCGAACAACAGCCCACAGAGGGAGAAGUUCAGCUACCUGAUCCUGACCCGGAGUGGGUCCCAGCAGGAGGAGACAGAGGGUCUGGACUGGGCCAGACUGGUGGCACCGGUGCUGCGCAGGUCCAGACACGUUCACUGUCAUACGUGUGGCUCAGACGGAGAGCUCAAACACCUGGUGGUGACCACCAGCAAAUACACCAAAGACAUUUAUCGCUGCGCUCGCAACAGUGAGUGGGGAGAUCAGCUGCCGCUCCUUCAGACAGAAGAGGAGGAUGAGGAGGAGGGGGUCCAGAACCAGAGUGACUCAGAGUGAUGAUGGACUCACAGAUCGACUGACGGCUUCA